AUCAGUUAAGAUUCGUGCGCGAACAUGUCGGGUUUGGUUACCCGAGCAACCGUUAAAAGUUGAAUAAAAAAAUAGAAAAAAAGGAAAAAUAUUUUGAAUUUCAAACAAGUGUUCGCAUUCGUUGCCAAGUGCUUUUUAAGCCAAAUGCAGCAGUGAAAACUUUAAUGAAAAGUGUUUUUUCGUGCGGCAGAUAUAGCAACAAAAAUAUAUCUAUUGUAGCAUAGAUAUAUACAUAGAAAUAUUUAUAAACUGUGCAAAUUCUAUCAUACAGUCACUGCAAAAUGGCCUGCUCCACAAAGGUGUUAAAAAUCUUUGCCCUAAUCUGGGAUAUAAUCUAUGUUCUCUUUGGUCUGAUUGUCAUUGCACUGGCCGUACAUGUUUUCUUCAGAUUCGAGCACUUUGAUACAGCUGCUUUCAUCAUUCUCACCUUUGGCAUUGUCAUAGUGCUGGUCUCGCUCUUUGGCACCCUGGGCGCAGUACGUGAGAGCAGUCGCAUGUCCAAAUCGUUUGUUGCCAUUCUUGUUGUUUUAAUUGUGCUUCAAGUGCUGACAGUGGGCUUCUUUUGGAUAUUCCAAACAUCGCUGCUGAUCAAUGUGGACAAGACAUUCGAUCAGCUGUGGAACGAUCAGCCGGUGCCCGUUAAGCCCGGCAAUGCCAGUCAAAUUGCCAGCAUAGAACGUUGGCUCGAUUGUUGCGGUAAUGUUAGCUACAAGGACUAUUUGCUACCCCCCAACAGCUGCUACAAUAGCGAAACGAACAAAAUGAACCUAGACGGCUGUCGUCAAAAGUUUUUGGACUACAUUGCAGAGCGCUGGACAGCUUUCAAUAUAUUUGCACUGGUUCUAGUUGGCGUUGAGAUCAUUUGCGCACUGCUCGCCUAUGUGCUCUCCCACAGCAUCGUGAAUCGCUGGAGACGCUCCAAAUAUUAUGCCAAAUAGGUUUCCCAUAUAUUCAACUCAGUACAUACGCACAUACUCAAGGCCAAAGAUUUCUCAAUGCUGUGCAAAACUUACACUGAGCUGCGCAGCCUAGACACUACACUACACUGUACUGCACUAAGCAAUCGAAUUUCCAGUCUAAAUAUUGCAGCGUUUGCUAGUCUACCUCAUGUUCAUUCGCAUACAAAAGGAAAAAUAAAUUUUGAAACACACACGAUUCUAUUUCAGAGCUCAACAACAGGUGCCAAAAGCAGUGUUCA